AUGUGCACGUCCGCCAGCCACAACGCCAUUGAGGAGCGCGAGCUUCUCCCGACCAACGUCUCUCCCAUCCACUACGACCUCCAUCUCGCACCGGACCUCGACGCCCUCACGUACACCGGUGAGGUCCACAUCAAGGUCCGCAUCAACGAGGCCACAGACAACAUUGUUCUGCACUCCAACGAACUCGAGAUUAAGGAGGCAUCUCUGACGAGCACUGCGCUUCAGUCAGGUGCUUCAAUCAGCGCAUCCAGCAUCACCCUCAAGAAGGAUGACGAGACCGCGCACCUUGCAUUCGCUCAGGCUCUGCCCAACGGAAGCGAGGCCACGCUGAGCCUCAAGUUCAGCGGCAUCCUCAAUGACCUGAUGGUGGGAUUUUACCGCUCAAAGUACACUGACGCGCAGGGCAACACCAAGAACAUGGCGACCACCCAGUUCGAGCCCACUGACGCUCGGCGCGCGUUCCCGUGCUGGGACGAACCCAUGCAGAAGGCCACUUUCAACGUGACAUUGCGCGUGAAGGAGAACCUCACCGCGCUGUCCAACAUGGAUGUCGCAAAGAUCGCUGCUGUCGGCGACAGCCUGAAGGAUGUGUCGUUCAGCACCACGCCGAUCAUGUCGACCUACUUGCUGGCGUUCAUUGUCGGCGAACUCGAUUACAUUGAGGCCCAUACCAGCGGCAAGCACAACGGCCGCCCGAUUCCAUGCCGCGUCUACACUGCGCCUGGAAACAGUGAGAAGGGCCGCUUCGCGCUCAACGUGUCCGUGCAGGUUCUCGAGUACUUUGCCGAUGUGUUUGGCGCCGAGUACCCGCUGCCCAAGCUUGACCAGGUGGCCAUCAACGACUUUGAGGCCGGCGCGAUGGAGAACUGGGGCCUGAUCACUUACCGCGAGGUUGCGCUACUUGUCGACGAGGCCAGCACAAGCUCACGCGCCAAGCAGUACGUUGCUGAGGUUGUCAGCCACGAGCUCGCGCACCAGUGGUUCGGCAACUUGGUGACUAUGGAGUGGUGGAGCGAGCUGUGGCUCAACGAGGGCUUUGCCACCUGGGUCGGCACGCUUGCCGUCGGCCAUCUGUUCCCAGAGUAUGCCAUCUGGACGCAGUUCCUGACUGACAACCUACAGCGCGCUCUGUCACUUGACGCCCUACGUUCAUCGCACCCCAUCCAGGUUCCCGUCCGCCGCUCGGCUGACAUCAGCCAGAUCUUUGACGCUAUUUCGUAUUCAAAGGGCGCCAGCGCCAUCCAGAUGCUCAGCUCGUACAUCGGCCACGAUAGCUUCUUCAAGGGUAUCUGCGCGUACCUGCAGAAGCACAAGUAUGCCAACGCGUCCACUGAGGACCUCUGGAACGCACUGAGCGAGGCAUCGGGCGUCGACGUAUCCCAUUUCAUGGCCACAUGGACGCGCAAGAUCGGGUAUCCCAUUAUUACUGUCACUGAGCUGGAGAACGGAUCCCAGAUCAAGGUCCGCCAGAACAGGUACCUGUCAGCAGGCAAGGCCGCCGAAUCUGAGGACGAGACAGAGUGGUGGGUGCCCCUGGGCAUCGAAACGGCAGAGAGCAAGAUACAGCGCCCCAUCGACGUGCUGACCAGCCGCGAAGCUACGUUUGACAUCCCGGUGUCCACCUCCAAGUGGUACAAGCUCAACAAGGAUACUGUCGGAAUCUACCGCGUCAAGUACCCUGCCAGCGCGGUGGUCAACAUCGCUCAGGCCAUUGCCGAGGGCGAGCUUGGCACCAACGACCGCAUCGGCGUCAUUGCUGAUGCGGCAUCCCUGGCAGUCAGCGGGCACAGCAGCACGUCAGACUUUUUGACCCUGCUUCGCGCGUACGCCAGCGAGACCGAGCCUGUCGUGUGGCAGGAAAUCGCAACCCGCACGGACGCCCUGAAGUCAGUCUGGGUCAACGAGAGCGACGAGAUCAAGGAGAAGAUCCACGCACUGUCCCGCACUCUCUUCUCGCCGUUGGUCAAGAAGCUGGGCUGGGAGGCAGCCAGCGCUGACGAAGACAGCCUGGUCGGGCGGUUGCGCGCGCUGGCUAUUAGCGCAGCGGGCUUCAGCGGCGACGCCGAGGUAAUUGCCGAGGCCAACCGCCGAUUCCACGCGUUCUUUGAUGGCGACAAGAGUGCAUUCAACACGGAUAUGCUGCGCGCGGGCUUUGCAGUUGCCAUCUACCACGGCGGCCGCGCCGAGUUUGAGAAGGCGAAGAGCUACUUCCUGGACUCGGCCAACCCCGUCGACCAGCAGCUGGCAGCGCUCUCCAACCUCGGGUUCACCAAGGACCCGGCGCUGGUCAACGAGCUCCUCGAGUUUGCACUCAGCGACAGUGUGCGCAACCAGGACGUGCACCAAGCGAUCAAUGCGCUCAGCACUGGUGAGGCCAACCGCGAGCGGCUGUGGAAGUGGUACCAGGAAAACUACGAUCUUUUGGUCACACGCUACCGUGCAUCGAUGAGCUACAUGGGCGCGCUAGUGCGCAUCUCGACUGGUGGGUUCAUCGGCUACGACAAGGCCGACGAGAUCGAGAGGUUCCUCGCGACCAAGGACACGAGCAAAUUCCAACGCGUGGUCGACCAGUCGCUGGAGAAAAUCAGAUCCAACACGCAUGGUUCGAGAAGGACCGCGAGGAUGCUUUUUGCACAGAGUAAAUAA